CCAGGACUCCAUUUCCCAGCGUGCCUCAGGACGCGACGACCGCGUUUGUCCGAGACCUUCAGGAGUCGGGUCCCUGAUCCCCAAGUGCGGCAGCCAAGGCUGAGCGGAAGCCGAUGCUGAGUGGGCACCUGGUCGGGCCCCUGUUCUCCAUGGCCGGUCGCGUGUGUCUGUCCCGGAGCAGCGCAGGAUUGGGGACCAUCGGUCCCGUCGAGGCAGCCAUUCGCAUGAAGUUGGAGCAGGCCCUCAACCCCGAGGUACUGGAGCUGCGCAACGAGAGCGGCGGCCAUGCAGUCCCACCAGGCAGCGAGACGCAUUUCCGCGUGGCGGUGGUGAGCUCUCGCUUUGAGGGACUGAGCGCCUUACAACGGCACCGGCUGGUCCACGCUGCCCUGUCUGAGGAGCUGGCUGGGCCGGUCCACGCACUGGCCAUACAGGCACGGACCCCCGCCCAGUGGAAGGAAAACCCUCAACUGGACAUGAGCCCCCCUUGCCUGGGUGGGAGCAAGAAAACUCGGGGAACCCCCUGAGCCCCAAGAGAGGGAAGACCAAGAUUCUAAUGGGUUUGGGAAUAAACUACGGGCUUUCUUCCCUUCAA